AAAAUUAUUUUUCCUUCUAAACAUUUAUUUAUUUAUUUUUUAUUUUAUUUUUUUUUUUUUGUAGUCUUCAUUAGCAAAUAAUAAUGAAUGCGCUUAAAAUUCCUCCAGGCAUCAAAGUUUUUAAUAAGAUUGCUGAUUUUCGACAAUGGCGUCACAGUCUUCUUUUAGACCGUAAAACACUUGGUUAUGUACCUACUAUGGGAGCGCUUCAUCAGGGCCACCUUGCUUUAGUGUCGGCUGCUAAAAAAAGAUGUGAUCAUGUUGCACUUUCAAUUUUUGUUAAUCCAGCCCAGUUUGCACCUACAGAAGAUCUUGCAACCUAUCCUCGUACUUUACAAAAUGAUUUAAACAAAUUAGCAGACUUGGGUUUUGAUUCAACUGUGUUUGUUCCUCAGGUAGAAGAAAUGUAUCCUGCAGGUAUUGAUUUGGAUGUUUCUAAACAAAAGGGUACCUUUGUAGAGGUUUUAGGUCUUUCAAAGCAAUUGGAGGGUAUCACCCGUCCUAACUUCUUUAGAGGUGUAGCUACUGUUGUAUCUAAAUUUUUAAACAUUGUUCAACCUGAAGAUGUCUUUUUUGGUCAAAAAGAUAUUCAGCAAUGCUUUGUAAUUCGUAAUAUGAUUCGUGAUCUUCAUUUUCCUUCCAAGAUGCAUAUUUGUCCUACUGUAAGAGAUGAAAAUGGCCUGGCCUUAUCUUCAAGAAAUGCCUAUCUAUCAGCUACUCAAAAGAGAUACGCACUUGUCUUGUCUCAAUCACUUCAACAUAUGGAGUCCCUAUACAGAUCUGGGAAUACAAAUGCUACAGAGCUUGUUCAAGCAGGUGUUCAAUUAAUUGAACAAGCUGCAAAGGAGGUAGAUGCAUUGAAUGAAGACUGGAAGAUUCGUAUCGAUUAUGUCUCUAUUAAUUCUGGAAAGGAUUUAAGAGAGAUAAAAGGAGAAAUUCCUAAAGAAGAUGGUUGUGUAAUCAGUAUGGCUGUAUUUGUUGGCCAUACUCGAUUGAUUGAUAACUUGUGUUUAGAUAUUCAUUCGUAGAGGAAAAAAAAAUUAGAUGACAUUCAUUAAAUAAUUUUUAUUAAGCAAUUAUAUAUACAUAUACAUAUACACAUACAUAUACACAUACACAUACACAUACACAUAUAUUUAUUUAUAUAUUAAGGAGUUAUUUGUGACAUGGAAGGCAUUUUUGUUGAACUAAAAGUA